AUCAAAUCUUCAUCAUAUUAUUCCUAAAUUUUUCAUCUCCAUCCUGUAAUACAUGACUUUAAGAAUCAGAUCUCCUGUAUUUUUUCUCUUGUGAUUCCAACCAUGUCUCUUCAAACCAGUGAGGAGAAUGUUGAUUUUCCUGUUAUGGAUAUUUCACAGCUUCCCUAUGAAUUUGAUGAUGAAGAUUUAAAUCAUCUCCAAGAUCAUGAAUUGGUUAGGAAGGUGAGAGAAGCUUGCAAAGAAUGGGGAUUUUUCUUCGUUGUGAACCAUGGAAUUCCAGCAGAUCUUCUGGAAGAUGUCAUGUCCCAAAUCCAGCAAUUAUGUGCAAUGCCUUCCGAAAUUAAAGCAAAAGCCAGUACCGUUUCUUACAGAGCUCCUCCACCAUGGCAUUUAAGCUUUGACCUGCCUAACUUGCCUCAGUUAGAUUCAGUUCAAGAAAUGUCUGAUAAAGUAUGGCCUGUAGAUGGAAACCCUAAUUUCUGCGAGAAGAUUGGAACAUACGGCAUCAAGGUGCACCAUCUGUCAAGAAAAAUUUCUAAAAUCAUUCUUGCCAGUUUGGGUUUAGAUAUCAAGACUUUCUACCAUUCUGAUUUUGAAAAGUGUACAAGCAGCAUAGCAAUAAACUCCUACUUGUCCAACGGCAAUUCCAUGGAAGAGGAGAUUAUGCAUUCCCAUACAGAUACUGGUUGCCUUACAAUCCUCCAUAACGAUAAUCAGCAGGGCCUCCAGGUCCUAUCCAAACAAGGGAAGUGGCUCGACGUCAAUCCUUUACCUCAUUCAUUUCUUGUCAUUGUUGGGGAUUCUCUUAAGGCAUGGAGUAAUGGUAGAUGCCAGAGUUUGGCGCAUAGAGUUGUUUAUAAAGGAUGGAAGCAUCGCAUAUCCCUGGCCACUUCUUUCUACUUUCCAUACGAUCACAAGAUUUGGGCUUCAGAGGAGCUUGUGGAUGACAACCACCCAAGACUUUACAAGCCUUAUACGUACUCCGAGUACAGGCUAAAUUAUCAUACUAUUAUGUUCAACAAAGAAGCCAACCUUGUUGAGUUCCUUGAUGUAUUUGCAGGUAUAUAAUAUACUUCGUUGUUCGCUUUAAAUGAAGGGUAUGCCCUGUCAUCUAGAGGGUAAACACUUUAAUCCAAGUAGGUGUCCUCCAAGCUCAGGAGUUUAGGA